CCAGUUCCUUGCGCAUGGCCUGCCCGUUUGCCGCCUACAACGCGACGUUCACGUGCGUCGCUGCGUACUGCAAGGCGCCAGGCUGCUGCGUCGUCAACGAAGCCUGCGCUGUGCGAACAGCGUACCCGGCCACCUACAACUAUACCGGCGGCAUCACCGACACCAUCGAUGUCAUCCACGACCUGCCCGACACGCCACGCCUGUCUUUUCGAAGCAACGGCAUCACGCAGGUUGGUAUGCGGCUGCCAGGCCAAAACGCGUCGACAGUGGCGACCCUCACUGCGAAUGUCGAGUCCUUGUCGAUCCAGGACGCUAUCUUCAACGUCUCGGGCCUGUACCUGCCCCGGUCUCUCAAAAACCUGACGUUUGAGAAUUCGUACGUCCUCGACAACAACUGGCCGCGGCUCAUCAACGAGCGCGACGCGUUCUGGCCGCCCAACCUCACGCACAUUUCGCUGCGCAACAAUGGCCUGCUCUCGUUCGCGGACGCAACGUCCACGACGCCCAUGGCGUGGCCCGACAGUCUUGUCUACUUGGACCUCUCGCUCAACUUGAUCGAAACAUUUGUGAACCUACCGUUUGUGCAAACACUCAACAUGUCCUACAACCGCCUGCAGCAGCUCCAGGCCAUGGACCUCACCGAAGCGUCCAUCUUGGAUUUUUCCAACAACCCGUACUUGACGUCGCUCGACGUGACCAUCUCCCCCAACAAGUACCAAGCUGACAAUACGACGCGCCUGCGCUACAUGUACCUCCAAAACACGCCGUUGGUGUCGUUCUCGAGUGACGUUGGCGCCUACCACGAGCUCGAGCAAGCUCGCAUCGUCGUCGGCGCCAACCUGUCGUCGCUCGCUUUGGGGUGGGGCUGUGAAACGCUUGGACACGUGGCAGCGUAUGCGAAUGCCACGUCAUUGCUGCCCGCCCCGCUCCAGAUCUGCGUCCUCGGAGGCGACCGCGUCGAUGAGAUUGGCUCGAGCCUUGGCGCGGGUGCCAUCGCAGGCAUCGUCGCGGCUGCGGUCGCCCUUCUCUCUGCGCUCUGUCUCUAUGCUGUUUGGUACCGCCGCCGCCGCACACAAGCCGUCAAGUCGCCGCGCACGGACGAUGACUUUGACUUGCUGAGCACCCCGUGGACGUCGGACCAAUUGCAGCACUUCCGCCUCGAGCCGCAGGACGUACGCUUCCUCGACACUGUGCUGGGCCAAGGCUCGUUUGGGCGAGUGCGACUCGCGACAUACAAGGAGUCGAUACUCGUUGCCGUCAAGCAGCUCCGGAGCGAGAAGCAAUCGGCCGAGUACAUGGAGACCCUCCUCGACGAGAUCGAACUCAUGACAAGGCUGUGCAGCCCGCAUCUCGUUGGCCUCGUCGGCGUCUUUUGGGAUGCGACAGGCGAUGUGCGCUGCGUGAUGGAGUACAUGGCGGGCGGGGAUCUACAAGCGUUUCUCUACAGUCGCGCCCGCAACAGCGUCGCUUGGUCGCAAAAAGCGCAAUUUGCUUUGGAAAUCGCGCGAGGACUCGUGUACCUCCACGCCACUGAGGUGAUUCACCGGGAUUUGAAGUCGCGCAAUGUACUCUUGACGGAUGCGCACGCCCACGCCAAGCUCGCCGACUUUGGCAUCGCUCGGCACGUCACGGACGAAAGCAUGACCAACGCUGUCGGCACGUACCGCUGGACGGCCCCCGAGGUGCUCAAAGGCAAGCACUACGACACCAAAGCCGACAUUUACUCGUUUGGCAUGGUCUUGGCCGAGCUCGAGACGCAUGCGAUGCCAUACGCCGACUUUACCAACGCGCGUGGCGAGCCACUGGGCAACUUUGCCAUCAUGUACAAGGUCGUCAUGCAAGGCAAAAUCGCACCCACAUUGUCCUCUGACUGCCCACCUUGGCUCGAGACGCUCGUGCUCGCGUGCAUUGCCCACAGCCCAGCGCUCCGGCCGACGGCAACCGAGAUCGUAACGACGCUGGACGAGCUCCUUCCGUCCAUGUGUGUAUGACGUAAUUUAAACUGUUCUAAGGACACAAUAUUGUCUUCUGUCA